AUGACCUCUUUGAGAUGCAGCUUGUGCCAUGCUCAGAUAGAAGGAUCAUACUUGAAGAAAGAUGGCAAGGCAUACUGUUCCAAGCACAAAGACCAACUGCUGGAAAAGUGUACGAAGUGCUUAAAACCAAUCAAGGACAGAUACCUCAAGGUGGGCAACGGCGAGAUGUAUCAUCCGGAUUGUUUAUGCUGCGAAGUCUGCGGAAAGGCGUUCCAAGAUUCCAAGUUCACCAUCUUCAACGGAAAGAGGAUACACCCCACUUGCUUGCGUUGCUGUGUGCCGGGCUGUGAAGCAACCUUAGACAUCAAUGGGUUCCGACAAGAAGAAGGGAAGCCAUACUGUCAGAAGCACUAUGAUGAAAAGUUCACCAAGAAGUGUGAAUUCUGCGGCAAUUACCUUCGAAAAGAAUUUAUUCUUGUUGGUGUGGCUGACAAACCAGGCUCGAAAACUCAAAAGAAGCGAGCAUGCCAUGAAUGUUUCAAAUGUGUUCAGUGUGGAAUGUCCCUCGAAAAACAAAAAUUCUUUGUACAUGAAGGGGAUUUCUUUUGUGAGAAGGAUUACCAAACGAAAGUUUCCCCAAAAUGCAUGGUCUGCAGCAAGUAUGUUGAGAGUUUUAUUCAGCACGAGAGUGGAGAGGUUUACUGUGAAAACGAUUAUCACGCUAACCCAGUGUGCUUUUCAUGUGCACGACUGGUGUUUGGUACGCGCAAACACGCGCUGGACUUGCCAGAUGGACGUGUGAUUUGUGAGAGAUGUAACCAAGAUGCAGUUUGGAAGUCAGAGGAUGCUGCUGCUCCUUUCCGCAAGGCGAAACAGUUCCUAGCGGAUGUCCUGGGCAUUGCAGAUAAGGAGAUCGACUCUGUCAGUUUACGUUUUGUGGAACGAAGUGACGUGGCGGCCUUGCGGGGAGAGCAUUCGAGGAGCGUUCAUGAGACACAGGUCACCGACAAGAAGUCCUACACCAUGGGAACGACGAUCAUCGUAGAGGAGACGGAGAACGACGAGAUCGUGAGCCGCCAAGUGGAGGGGAUCAACCUCCUCUCGGGGCAGACAGCCAUGCAGCUGACGUCUACGCUAGUCCACGAGCUGAUGCAUGUCUACCUGUUCUCAAGACGGUUCGGCAAGCUUGAUCCUCUGGUGGAGGAGGGCAUCUGCGAGCUAGCUGCUUUCCUAUGGCUGGACAAGUUCGCCCCUGAAGGUAUGGAACGGAGCAUGCGGCUGAAUCAGAGGCUGUUCAACAGCUCCAAGGUCUACAAGGCCGGUCUCGCUGCCUCGCAGAAGAGGUUCAAGGAGCUUAACGGCGACAAGGAUGUAAAGGCGGUGUUCCAGAAGAUCCUCAACGAGGUGAAGGAGCUCAGGACGUUCAGGGACAUCGAGCUCGUGUGA